AUGGCCAAUGACUUAAGUCAAGACCUCCCGAAUGGACCUCUCAGUGCCCGAAGCAGAGAUGGUUACACAGAGGUACCUGAAAGAAGGUGCUCGGGAGAUGAAAGCAUCACAAGCUCUGAUCGGGUCCGAAGACUCAAGGCGAUUCCACGUCAUUCGGAUGUCUGCGAAGAAACACUUCGUUUGCAGAAGAAGAAGCAACGAAGAAGCAUCAGCGAGGCUUCCAAAGCCUCUGUCAUUGCCAGUCUGAAGAGAAGUCGGUUUUGCAAGAACUUGGACCGGGAUGUGGUGGAAGCUCUUUGCAAAGACCUGGAGUACUACGCCUUCUCAGCUGGGGAGGUCAUCGUGCGUCAGGGUGAGGAGGGGGAUCAUUUGUUCAUCGUGGAGGUUGGCCUCCUUGAAGUGUCCAUCCACGGACGUCCCACCAAUGACAUGGUUGCAGGACAAGCCUUUGGCUGCACUGCGCUCCUUUACAAUGUGCCACGUACUGCCACGGUGACUGCCAAGGAGGAUUCAGGCCUCUGGGCGCUGGGAGGUGGCACCUUUCGCAAGCUACUGCGAGAUCAUGCUGAAAGACAUCAAGCUCAACAUCUGCAUCUUCUGGAGCGAAUCCAUAUCUUAGAUGGUUUGUCAAAUGUGCAGAAGGUGAAUGUUGGUGCAGUGGCUUUGUUAGAUGAGAGCUUCACAUCAGGACAUUUGGUGGCGUCAGAGGGGGAGGAAUGUCGGCGAUUGUACCUGGUGAAGAGUGGAGCUCUCCAGUUAGUUCAAGGUGGAGAGCGUGAAGGUACCCACUGGCUGGGCGGCACGCCGAUCAAAGAGGUGGGCACGGGGGGUGUCUUCGGUGAGGACUACCUGAGGAUAGAUGCUUCACACACUCUAGAGGGCAACUUGGUGGCUGUCGGUGACACGAGCCUGGUCUGUGUCCUCAUUGAGAAACUGGCUUCGGUAUUAGGCGAGCAUGUUGAACUGCAGUUGGAGAAAGCCUUUGUUGGCCUCUCAUUGCGGCGGACGCCUUGGUUUGACAGCUUCCCUCGGCCACGUCAGCAGUGCAUCAUGAGCAACCAGGUCAAGGUGAUCAGUUGCCCACCUGGAGCCGCAGUCCGAGAUCUUGAGAGGGUCAGCUCGAUGCCUUACUAUGCUUUGGUCUUGGAGGGGAGCUUCGUUGCGGGUGAAGUCACCCUCAGGCGAGGCCAAAGCUGUCAAUCUGUGGCUGUCGAACGCCUCGAGUUCUUUUGCAGUUCUUCGACGGAGCUGAACCGCGGGCCAAGCCUGGCCGGUGAGUCCAUUCGGCCUGAGGAGCUGAUCGCAGGCCCUGACCACGGCAGGUUGGCCUUGGUCCCACUUGAGGGUGUUGCCAGAUGUCUUUGCGGUGAAGAGGAUCUUCCAUCCGAUUUGACCCAACACAUUUGCCAGGUACUCAUGAUCAUGAGGCUGCCAUUGCUGAAGCGCCUGGCCGACUUCCAGAUGUCGGCUGUAGCCCGUGCACUGGUCGCCUCCUCCAACUGGAAAGCUGGAGAGAUCGUUUUCGAUCAAGGAGAACUUGAUGCGGAUAAGUUCUACAUCAUUGUGAAGGGUGGAGUUCGUGUUGACCGGGAUGGCACGCUGCUCCGGGAGCUGCGCAGGGGCGCCUGCUUCGGGGAGCGUGCGCUGCUCUUCAGCGAGCCCCGCUCGGCCAAGGUUACUGUGACAGAACCAGACACGCAGUUCUGGAGUGCCGACCGUAACGUCUUUGAAAAGUAUGUGACCAAAAAUAUGCGAGAUGACUUGCGCGAACGUGCAAAGUUGCAAGACUGGACUCUAUCCUUAAAGACUCUCAGGCACGUCAGGAGCAUUGGGGUGGGCUCCUUUGGCUCAGUGCGCAUGGUGGAGCACGUGAAGACCGGCGCUCGAUAUGCUCUGAAGCGCAUCAAGAAGGUGGAUGGAAAGGUGCCUGAGGAGGUGCAGGAAGAGUGUAAACUUCUUUCGGCCGUGAGUCAUCCCUUUGUGCUUCAGAUGGUGAAGUCCUUUGAGACAGACAAAGGGAUCUAUAUCCUCACUGAGCUCAUCACGGGUGGUCAACUCUACGAACAGAUGAGGGACAAGAUGGGUGCUGUCAGCAGGCGACAUGCACAGUUCUAUAUUGGCUCCCUAGUUCUCAUUUUGGAGGCUUUGCAUAUCAAUGGCGUCGCCUACAGAGAUCUGAAGCCUGAAAAUGUGAUGCUGGAUUCACAGGGCUACUUGAAGCUGGUGGACUUUGGCUUAGCCAAAGAUCUGAUGGACGGCAGCAAGACUUUUACCGUCGUGGGCACUGUCAGCUACAUGGCACCUGAAAUUUUUGGUGGCACGGGCUACAGCCUUGAAGCCGAUUUUUGGUCCUUGGGCGUUCUGCUGUAUGAGAUGGUCUGUGGGAGACUCCCUUUCGGCAAUGAGUGCCUGGAAGAAGACCAUAUCAUUGGUGCCAUCAUGGAGGAGGAGUUGGUCUUUCCGCCAAAGUACAAUGACAAUGCAGGCAAGAAUCUGAUAGAGCGGUUUUUAGUGAAGAAUCCUGCAGAGCGCAUCGGAAGCAAUGAUGGCUGGGCAGAAGUCAAGGACCACAAGUUCUUCAAGGUGGUGAAAGGGGAUCUCUUCACCCAGAUUCUGAGCCGAGAGAUGAGUCCUCCACUUCUGCCCGAAGGGGAGGAGUACUCGAAAGAGGAAUUCUUGAGUGAGAUCAUAACCCUCAGCGAUGCCGAAGAGCUGGCUGAUGGAGAAUUGCUGAGAGCGCAGGAGCAUGCCAAGGCCGCCUGGGAAAAAUUGGACGUUGAAAAGAGAGGAGUCGUCCCAAGUGAAGAGCUUGCUAUGAUUCUUGCAACUGCAGAGAUUGAUAUGACCAGGAGGCAGAUUGAUGCUUUAGUGGAGGCGGUGGACACCAAAGCAGAUGGCAUCACAUUUACCACAUUCUGCGCAUUCUUGGAGCACAGUGAGUUGGAUGCGGCUGCAGUGCUUCGUGCGCUUGAGUCCAAGUAG